CCUAGUAGUCCAGUUACCUUGAUUAAUUGAACAUGAGUUGUAUCCAUGAACCAACGUUGAGUACCUACCCAUGUACCUACUUACUUUGCCAACUGUUUUUGGCAACUGGAAGCGAUAUCGGACGUGCCCAGCUAGGUGGAUAUAUGCAUAUGCAAGGGUCAUGAGAGAUUUCGAGAUUCGCGAUUCGCAGUUACCAAUGACGAUCUGGAACUAAUUAAGUUUCUAACCUGCAUCACAUGUAUGUCGCUCUCAUACAUACCGUACUUACAUACAUACCGGUAGUACUUAAGUAGUGGGCAGGUACAAAGUCGCACCAAAGCUGGCAUUGCCCAGUAAACCUCGUGAAUGUUGCAUAGGCACCUACCUAUUCAGCGUAUGCAUGAGCUCUCCCAUCAAUCUGCAAAUCGCCAAUCAACUUCGAGUUCGUCAUGGCGAUGCCAAGGCUAUUAUACGGCACGGCGUGGAAGAAAGAAGCCACGGGCGACCUCGUCUUCAAGGCAUUGAAAGCUGGGUUCCGGGGCGUCGACACGGCCGCUCAACCCCGUCACUACAAUGAAGCCCUUGUGGCCGCUGGCAUUAGAGAGGCCAUAUCCAAGGGCAUCGUGAAACGAGAAGAUCUUUUCAUUCAGACCAAAUUCACUCCCGUCAGCGGGCAGGAUCCCCACAAUAUGCCCUAUGAUCCCAAGGCGCCCCUGGAGGAGCAAGUGCAUGCCUCCGUGGCCUCGUCACUUGCGAAUUUCACAUUCGAAGACUCGGUCAGCGCGUACAUUGACAGCCUUGUACUGCAUUCGCCGCCGUCUCGGGAAUUCUCAGACCUGGUAACGGUCUGGAAGACGCUGGAGACAUACGUGCCACACCGCAUCAAGCAGCUCGGGAUAUCCAAUACGGACCUCGCUGUCGUCCAUGGGCUUUGCACGAGCCCCGACGUGAGCGUGCGUCCGGCGGUGGUGCAGAAUAGAUUCUACCCCGCCACGCGGUGGGAAGUUGAUCUGCGAGCGUACUGUCGCGCCCACCGCAUCGCGUUCCAGACCUUCUGGACCUUGAGUGGGAACCCUGAACUGCUGCAUAGCGCACCGGUACGUAGACUAGCCGAGAGUGCCACCAUCAGCGCACCGGUCGCCCUGUACGCCCUCGUGCUAGGUCUGGAGGGAACCACUGUGCUAGAUGGCACUACGAGCGAGGAACAUAUGGCCGAGGACCUGGAAGUGAGUCAGAUACUGGAUGGUUUCGCGCAGACCGAGGGAAGUCGGGAUGUCUGGGUGGCGUGUCUCAAUGAAUUCAAGGCCGUCAUUAGAGAAUCGUAGUAGUUGCCUAUAUUUGUUGCGAAUGAGUCGUGGUGAGAUCCAGAUCGCACAAAUAAGUAGACGACCUAUAGUUGAAGAAUUGCUUUAUCAGGGUCUAUUGUAGUGUGAUGUGGUUGAUAACCUCAUGUAUCUUAACUCACUGCCUACCCUACCUAAGUACUUUACCUGGGUACUAAUUAUACUAACUACUCGAGUUUUGACUCUUCUUCGAGUUAUUGAAAUGACAACUUACUACAAUUUCUUCUCUUUCAUCUCAUCUUUACCCUUCUCUCAUUAUUCCUUCACGUCA